AUGUCGAUUACAGAGGUUUUGGAGCGUGGACUGCCCUCUUUGGGGCAAGGAUCAACGGCUUCCAACAGCAGUGAGUCAGGGUCUGGUUCGACGUCGAGCUCUUCUUAUUCGACUCCAACCAUCACACCACCUUCAAUAGCGGGGAAUCCGCAUAUAUGGCGAUCUGGGAAACCCGCAGGAACCGUUUUCAUCGCGAUGGGCUCGGUCGUGGGGUUCAUUCUGGCGGCCAUCGUACUAAUGUAUUUUGUUUCGGCGUACAUCUCGCACAGAAACGCCAAAAAACAGCGGUACGACGCAAUCGACCAUGAGUUCCAGGCACACAUCAGCAAGAGCGCAGGAACAGAGUUCUUCAACUCGGAAAAAAAUCAAUAUUCGGACAAAUUAUCGUCCCAGAUGCCCAUGCUCUCGAACCACAGCAUGGUACGCAUGCUCGACCCGCAGGGACCGGAAAGACUAUCACCAAGCAUCACAAAUAUGGGCUCUCAGUUGACGGUGGCGCAGGAGCCCUAUUCUCUGCUACAGGGCCAAAACGCCGCAGCACAAAAUCGCCAGUCGUUGUUCAUUUCGCCCACGGUCGAGGUCGUGAACCAGCAGCGGAGAAGCAUGUUCAUGCCAGGCACAAACGCAUCGUCGUCUUCUCUGGUGUCGGAAAUCAGUCCCGAACUGAACCGGCCCGAAAGAGCCGCUUCUCCAGAACGCAAAAAAGGUCAUCAAGCCAGAUCAAAGUCCAAUCUCGGCUCGACCGUGGCUUCCGCUAAGAGUAGCUCUCCGUCUCCCGAAAACUCGCAGGCACGGGCGACUCCUUUUCAAAGAGCCGAGGCGCCGUCCAUGUAUCUCGAGAAGCUGCUCGAGGACGACUAG